AUGGCCGUUUUCCUCCAACCUUCUCUCUCCUCCGUCCCGAAGCUCGAAUCCGCCGUCGCCAGUCGGCCUCUCCGCGGGCGCCGUGGUAGCGGUGGCCCGCGGAUGUGCGCCGCCCCUGACCCUCUCACAGCGGUGGCGGGCCUCCUCUGGGGCAGAUCUCUCCCGCCGCAGUCCCUCGUCGCCGCCGUCCGCACCGCCUGGUCCGCCGCCUGGCACCUGAUGAUGCGGCAGCUCGCCCCCUCAGCCCGCGCAGGUACAUAUUCACGGCCUCCGAGCGCCUUUCCCUCCGUCUCCGACGAGUACUACGCCCUCCCUCUUGAAUCCCUGCGCCUCCACCUCUAUGUGGGGCUCCCCUGCCCCUGGGCUCACCGCACCAUCAUCGUCCGCGCCCUCCGCUCCCUCGAAUCCCUCAUCCCCGUCUCCAUCGCCUCCCCCGGCGCCGAUGGCUCCUGGGACUUCACCGACGGCGGCGGCGGCGGCGCCGGUGGCGGAGGGCUCGUGCCAGGGGCAGACCGUGCCGGCGGGCGGCGGACUCUGAGGGAGAUCUAUGGAUCGCGCAGGGGGGGAUACGAAGGGCGAUCCACAGUUCCCAUGCUGUGGGACUCGGCGAAGGGCGAGGUCGUCUGCAACGAGAGCUACGGGAUCGUGGAGUUCCUCAAUUCGAUCCCGGGCGGCGGCCCCGACCUCUCUCCUCCGGAGCUGAGGGUGAGGAUCGAGCAGUGGAACCAGAUCAUCUAUCCCAACGUGAACAACGGCGUUUACAGGUAAGUAAUAACAGAAACCCAAGAACAGCUCCCUUCCUCGACGAGUCGCCGGUCUGCUUGGAAGCAGAAGAACAAUCGCGCGUGACCACAUUUCACCUGCGUUAGGUAGGUGCGGGUUUUCGCAGUCGCAGGAAGCCUACGACUCAGCGGCGGAGAAACUCUUCGAGACAUUGGAGCUGCUCGAGGCGCACCUCGCCGUCUCGCGAUACCUCUGCGGGGACGCGCUGACCCUGGCCGACGUUUGCCUGUUCACGACGCUGAUCCGCUUCGACCUCGUGUACAACGUCCUCUUCAGGUGCACCAGGAAAAAGCUGCUUGAGUAUCCAAACCUCCACGGCUACACCCGCGACAUCUAUCAGGUAUACGAAACGAAGGCCCUUUCCUCCUCCGAAGUUCCCACUGCUGGUUUACGACGUUGACCAAAUCCUUUUCUGGGGGGUCGUAAGGGACUUCAGUUCGCCAUUGAUGAUGAUGAUGAGUGUCGUUGCUAUCUAGUCUGGAAUUGGAUGUGCCUCUUCUCUCUCAUACCGGCCUCAUUGAUCAUCUCGGGUUCCGGGGAAGAAGAAGCUGAAGGGGAUCCUCCUCCUGCGGCAUCGAUUAGUUCUAGAAUCUGGUCUGAAACAAAUUAUGAGUUUUCGGAUGAGUCCCAGUGUGGAAUUAGCAAGAUAGGAGAUAUGACCCCAUGACCAUAUCUUGUGCUUCUUACCCUUUGUCAUUCUGUUAAGGUAUCAUUGUGAGUGAGUGAUCAUCCCUCUGCUUCAACUGGCCGGCUGAAUUAGUGUCCUCUCUGUUGAUUCCCCUCUCCAAAAGCAGAUUCCAAAGGUGGCAGCCACCUGCAAUUUCGACGCUAUCAUGGAUGGAUACUACAGGAUUCUGUUCCCCCUGAAUCCCAGCAACAUUCGCCCAGUGAUGCCUUCUGGGUGCUCUCAUGAGGCCCUUUCUAAACCUCAUAACAGGGGUUAA